GAAGAAUUGAUAAAAACCCUAAAACCUCAGAGACUCGCUCGCUCGCUCAUCACUCUCUCUCUAUAAACAGCACGCUUCUACUCAUAGCAGUUUGUUUCUUCUACUCCCCCAAAACUUUCACCUGCUGCAUCGGGGAGAGGGCUCUCAGAGCCCGUCUUCUCUUCUCUUAGUUCUGUUGUUAAGAACUUUUAACUUUCGGAAGAAAACUGAUUUCGGCUUGAAUGGGGUUUUGAUUUGAAUUUCAGGGUCUGUAUGUUCAAUGGUUACUGCUCAAUCUCCGAAAGUGAACAGUUCUCUUCAGCUCCUGGAGUUGCCCACCAUGAACGUUUGUGAUAGCAUGGUAACGAAGAAGCUGAAAAUAAAAAUUUCUUCCAAGGGGGUGCGGGCUGAAUCUGUGGGAGGCUCUGAGAUGAAUAUAAAGGUGAGACUACCUAUGCCAUCUGACUCUAAUAAACGUGCACCUGAGUUAGUGCUGGACAAUGAAAGAGAGAAAAGGCGGAAAAUGGAUCGGAAUGUAAAGCAACAAUGCUGUAACAUUCUGAAAGGCUUAAUGGCUCAUCCUAGUGGGUGGCCCUUCCUUGUACCAGUGGAUCCAGUCCAAUAUAAUAUUCCUGACUACUUCACUAUAAUUACAAGACCAAUGGAUUUCGGGACAGUCAAAGCUAAAUUGGAUGGCAAUGUGUACUUCGAUGUUGAUGCAUUUGCCGCUGAUGUGAGGUUGACGUUUGCAAAUGCAAUGAAGUAUAAUCCUCCUAAUAAUGAUUUUCAUCUCAUGGCUAAUAGAUUAGAUAAUAUUUUUAAUCAGAGGUGGAAGUUGCUGGAAGGAAAGUGGAAAUCUGAGAGCAAAAAAUUCAGCCAGGAUUGUGUUUCAAGUGAUAAAAGAAAUGGCUUUAAGAAUACAAGGGAGACUUCCUUUAAGAAAUCUGCACCUCAUGCUAAUGGUCUGAGCAACAGGCUAAUGCCUUUGGAGGAGAAGCAAAAGCUGAAGAAAGAACUUGUUGAUUUACUUAGGGGAAAUGUAAUUAAGAAAAUGCAGAAUGCUCUCCAAAAGUUUGGGUUGGUGGGUCUUAAAGAAGAGAAGCUUAGCCUGGACCUAGAUAAGUAUGAUGAUGACACACUAUUGGAAUUGAAGAGGGUGGUUAGAGCUUAUUCCAAUUUAGCUACAGAAAAGGCAGAGCCCGCUAGUGUAAAACAAAGUGGUGGGCAUCUGUCGUCCCAGGAGACUGUCCAAAAAGAUAGUAGCACAGGUUUUAUUUGCUCUGCCAAUACCAAGCAACAAGCAAACACUAUUGCUUGCCACCUUCAAGGUGUUGAUACCCAUGCUCGUCCCAGGAAUUUUCCUACAGAAAGAAAGCUAGAACAAGAUCAUUCGGGUGUUGCUAAAAGGGACAGAGAGGUGACAAACUCCUUGGCAUCAGCUUCAUGUAGAACUGAUCUGAACUCUCAUGGUGGUCUAGGAGUACUUUAUGAAGAAAAUUCUUGUUCCAGUCCAAGUAGAUCAACCUGUGCUUCCACUACUACAUAUGGUGAAGGCUGGGAUCCUCUAAUGAACAUUGAUCUUUCCCCGACUAAAGCACUACGUGCUGCAAUGCUGAAGAGCCGAUUUGCUGACACCAUCAUCAAAGCGAAACAGAAAUCGCUUCCAGUUGAUGGUGAUAAGGCUGAUCUGCAUAGAAUGCAGCAGGAAAGAGCCCAACUAGAAAAGCAGCAGCUUGAAGAGAAAGCCCGCAUUGAGGCAGAACUUAAAGCUGCGGAAGUUGCCUCUCGAAGGAAGGCAGAGUCUGAUUUAAAGAUGCAGCGGGAGAGACAACGGGAAGCUGCCCGGAUUGCUCUACAGCAGAUGGAAAGGACCGUUGAUUUUGAAGACAAUUUGAAGAUACUAAGAGAUCUAGAAAAACUAUGUAAAUGCUGCUCAGAUGCUGAGAAUCUAACUGGUAAUGGAGAUGGAUUCACUAUCAUAUUGGGGGACAACCCUCUGGAAAGGCUUGGCUUAUGCAUCAAAGAGGAUUACUUAAAUGAUGAUGAAGAUGAAAUAUUGAAUGGAGACUGGGAAGAUGGGGAGAUCUCGUGCUAGAGGCGGUGCCUCCGCACAUUUUUGUGGAACUUUUCUUGUUCCUUAACUGUUGUCCAUAGUAGACUGCUCUAUGUGUAAAUACAUCAGUUUUUAUCCCACCCUUUAUUUGUUCAUAGUGCAAUAAUGUAUUUAACUGCAUAUAUGUGAAGUAUUCCAGCUUGUGAUAUACUAAGUAGAGAAAGAUGGACUCAA